GCUCAGGUUUAGGUCUCUACUCUAUGACAUGAGGCUUCAUAGAGUAUAAAAGUGCUGAUAACAUCUGUUACGCUUUUGUUUUUUUCCCCCAGAUACUUGAGUCACAUUUUUACAGACCAGGAAGAACGGUUUGAAGAAGAGACAUGGCCAAUAGCAAAGACAUGAUGGUAGAAAAUGACCUUAACUUAAUACACGAGCUUCAUUCGUCUGCUGAUCACACGGCUUUGCUCUACCAUCUCUCUUACCUGUAUUUGGCCAAGUUCCCCAAGUUGCAAACGACUCUCAGGCAGUGUGCUGCUGAAACACAGCAACUGUUUGUCUUCUCUGAGGUUAUUCUUAUGAAGUGUGUGGACACAAGUAAACAAAUGGUUUCUUGGCUGUUACCCGAGCUGAAACUCGCAGUCGAAACAAAUGACACCGAUUUGACUGAGCUGAUGUUGAAAGAAGCGAAAGAAUGUAUCGCAGAAGUUGUGGGCAAAGUGAAAGAGAUUGUGGACAGGUAUGAGAAACACGCUCACGGCGUGGGUUCAUGCGCUAGUGAUGUGAUUAAAGAAAAGGCUGAGGCGGGGAAUAAAACUACGGAGAUAGAGACUCUGGAGAAGGUGGUGAAUGAUCUUCUGAUGGAACUGAGGAAAACCUUAGAGGAAAUUGGACGGAUUGAGACGCAGAUCGCACAGAGACACCAUUUUCGUCUUUCCAAAGAAGCUUCUAGCAGAAUGCUUGAUUUGUCGCUCCUGCUGUUUGUCGGAGUCAUUAAACCGUUUUCUAGACCUUUUUUCAAUCAAAGAGCUGAACUCCUCGAUCAGUGGUCAAUCCUGAAAAGCCAGCAGCACAACAUCCAAGCGAGGCUGACUGAUGCUCAGCUAAAUUUGACAAACAUGAAGGCACAGAAUGGUUUGAAAAAUAUUACCCAUCUGAGUGAAGUCCACAAGUGGCUUUAUCAAAUCCAACAAUCUCUAAUUCAGCAUAAUGUGUUCUGGAAAUCAGUACAAGUAAUUCUGGAGGCCAUCAAUGACGAGACCUUUGCCAAAGAGCACUUCAUUGGGGAGAGUGAAUUAAAGGAGAUUUUUCUGACGAAUAUUGAUUCAGCACAAGAGCACUGGAAAGCUUUUGGUGAAUCCUGCCUGAAGGCACUGAACAUCUACAGCUUGCAGGAUAAGGAUGCAUAUAAGUUCCUGGACAGGAGCUCAUCUUUUCUGCCUGACACUAUCGAUGAGGAGAUAAACAUAUUAGAUCCUCGCGUCCCUCUCCAUCCACGUGUUUAUAAUCUAUAAUAAUCAGGCUUUGUCCUACAUUGGGACACGCAUGUCUUAUAAUAAUUCUGGUUCGCCAAAAAAAUGUUUUAGUUAAAACAUUACAGUAAAUAAAGUUGGCAAAAUGUAUAAUGCAUACAAAUUAGUGCUCAAAUGCUUAAUAAAAUAAAAUAAACGUUGUUUGCUUAA